ACAUAUUUUUACCGAAAACCUAAAAAUUAUGCGCAUAAUUUUUUGCGGUGUGUAAUGGCAGCGGCUCCAGCAGUUUUGGCCCCCAGCGGGCUUCCCCGCCGCUCUGCAGCCAUGACGGAGAGCGAGAGAAGGCAGAAGUCUCUGGAGGACUACCGCAAGAGACUCAUCGACCACAGGGAGCUGGACUCCAAGCUGAAGAAGAGUGAGCGAGCCCACGCGAGGAGCUAUUCCAAAUAGAGCACAUCAUCUCUAUUCCCCCACUCACUAUUCAUGACUUCCCCUGUUUCACAAUUUACUAUGUGUCUUUCUUCUUCUUUGCGGUCACAUUUUCUCUUUCGUUUCUUUCACCCCUGUUGUCUUACGUUUCUCUCAUUUUCAUUUCACAUACAUUUUGUAUCUGAAUAGCCAUUUCUCUCUCUCUUGUCUGUGCGCAGUGCGGGAAGAGUUGAAAGAGAUGACGAAGGAGUUUGACAAGUCGGAGGAGGAUCUGAAGGCCCUCCAGAGCGGUGUCGGUCAGAUUGUGGGCGAGGUACUCAGACAACUCACAGAGGACAAGUUUAUCGUGAAGGCAUCAAACGGACCUCGAUACGUCGUUGGCUGCAGAAGACAGAUUGACAAGAGGAAGUUGAAGCAGGGAUCUCGAGUGGCUCUGGACAUGACGACGCUGACCAUCAUGAGGCAGCUGCCGCGCGAGGUGGACCCCCUCGUUCACAACAUGAGAACCGAGGACCCCGGUGACAUCAGCUACUCCUCUGUGGGGGGUCUCGGAGAACAGAUACGAGAACUACGAGAGGUGAUUGAGCUGCCCCUGAUGAACCCUGAACUCUUCAUGAGGGUGGGAAUCAAUCCUCCCAAGGGUUGUCUUCUCUACGGACCUCCAGGGACGGGGAAGACUCUGCUGGCUCGAGCAGUAGCCAGCCAGUUGGAUGCCAACUUCCUCAAGGUCGUGUCCAGUGCCAUAGUUGACAAGUACAUUGGAGAGAGUGCAAGACUCAUCAGAGAAAUGUUUGCCUAUGCCAGAGAUCACCAACCCUGCAUCAUAUUCAUGGAUGAGAUAGACGCAAUUGGGGGCCGACGGUUCUCGGAGGGGACCUCGGCCGACAGAGAGAUCCAGCGAACCCUGAUGGAGCUGCUGAACCAGAUGGACGGGUUUGACCGAUUGGGGCAGGUCAAGUUCAUCAUGGCGACCAACAGACCAGACGUUCUUGACCCCGCCCUCCUCAGACCCGGCAGACUGGACAGGAAGAUUGAGAUUCCGUUGCCGAGUGAACAGGCGAGACUCGACAUUCUCAAGAUACACGCGGCUCCCAUCACAAAACACGGAGAUAUCGAAUACGAGGUGUGGUGAAGGGUCGCGAGAUUUAAACGGAGCCGAUUGGACAGCAGCACUGAAAAGCAGG